AUGGCUCAGUGGGAGCGCCGGGGGGCAGGCCUCCCUUUCCAACCCCAGCUCAUCUUCCCCAUGAAGGCCCAUGUCAUCUAUGGGGUUGAUAAGCGUAUUACAUAUCACUGUGAGGAGCCCCUCGUGUCCACCCUACCCUCGUCGUCCUUCAGCAGCUCCUCUGAGCUGUCCAGCAGCCACAGUCCCAGCUUCGCCAGACUGAACCGGAGAGACGGAGCUGGGGGCUGGACCCCACUCGUAUCAAAUAAGAACCAAUGGCUGCAGAUCGACCUUGGAGAGAGGGUGGAGGUCACGGCGGUGGCGACGCAGGGCAGGUACGGGAGCUCCGACUGGAUGACCAGCUACAUCCUGAUGUUCAGCGACAGCGGCAGGAACUGGAAGCAGUACCGGCGGGAGGACAGCAUCUCAGGCUUUCUGGGAAACGCGAAUGCGGACAGCGUGGUACAGCACAGGCUGCAGCCGCCCCUGGAGGCCCGGCACCUGCGCUUCCUGCCCGUGGCCUGGAACCCAGACAGCAGGAUUGGGAUGCGCGUGGAGGCCUACGGAUGUGCCCACAGAUCAGAAGUGAUUGAUUUUGAUGGAGAAAGUUCCCUGCUUUACCGAUUUAUUCAAAAUACCAGGAGUCCAGGAAAAGACGUCAUUUCUUUGAAAUUUAAAACUCUGCAGAGUGAUGGGAUUCUAUUCCACAGGGACGGACGGAAUGGGAAUUGCAUCACCCUGGAAUUAGUGAAAGGAAAACUCAUUUUAUUCAUAAAUUCAGGCAACGCCACGCAACCCUCACCACCUGGCCAGGGUGGCCUGGCGCUGGGCAGCCUGCUGGACGAUGGGCACUGGCACACAGUGCGGCUGGAGUGCUCUGGCCAGGGCCUGAACCUCACGGUGGACAGGCACUCGAGACCCAUCUGGGCACCGGCGGAGCUGUGCCAUGCGGACCUAGACCCCGAGAUCAGCUUUGGAGGGAUUUUAGCACCAGGAAAGCCAAUGGUGUUUCCAAGGAAAAACUUUCGUGGAUGCCUAGAAAACAUUAAUUUUAAUGGAGAGGAUGUCAUCGGUUUGGCCAAGCAGCCGGGACCACAGAUCCUCGUCACGGAGUCGGCCGCUGAGGCCUGCCCCGAAAUCCGGGUCCGUCUGCGGCUCCGCCCUGGGACCCUGGGCCGCUCACCCCGGCACGCAGGCAGCGAGCUCCCCACGCCCAGCGGAAAACACGUUUUUACCACGUCUGCGUCUCCGGGAAGAGGGUGGGCCGGACCCAGGGCAGCAGAGGCUGGGAGCGGGGCUGUGGGCUCGGCUGGGUCCUGGGGUCUGCCGGGUGCCAAUGUGGGGCCCGGAACCGUGGCCUUUGCCUGUGCGCACCCCCAGACCGUGCCCGCCACGUUUCUGAGCGCGCAGAGCCACUUGGCGCUGCCCGGCUCCCCCGGGGCGGACGGGGCCUCCGUCAGCUUCCAGUUUCGCACGUGGAACCGCGCGGGGCGGCUGCUGUCCUGGGGGACCCGCCCGGGCUCCGGGGGCUUCUUCCUCGCGCUGCAGGACGGGAGGCUCCACGUGGGUCCGCGCGCAUCCCCGGGACAGUUACCUGGUUUGGUUUCCGCAGGUGUUGGAUUAAAUGACGGGCAAUGGCAUUCUGUCUCAGUGACAUCCACGUGGGGCCACCUGAGCGUGAUGGUGGACGAUGACGUGGCCUCCACCGUCCACACCACAGUACCUGUGGGGGUCCACCCGGGCGAUGCCUACCACUUUGGAGGGUGCCCCGCUCACGGCUCUGGCUCUGACUGCAGCCGAUCGCUGGGACCACUGGGCGGAUUCCAGGGGUGUCUGCGGCUCAUCUCCAUCGACGGCCAGGAGGUGGAUCUGAUCUCGGUGCAGCAAGGCGCUGUGGGGAACUUCAGCGACCUUCUGAUUGACACCUGCGGCAUCCUGGACAGGUGUUUACCCAACUACUGCGAGCACGAGGGCACCUGCUCCCAGACCUGGACGGCCUUCCACUGUGACUGCAGCAGCACUGGGUACACGGGCGCCACGUGCCAUCGCUCUCUUUACGAGCCCUCCUGUGAGGCCUACAAGCACCUCGGCCACGCCUCAGGAUUCUACAACAUCGACCCAGAUGGCAGCGGACCCCUGAAGCCGUUCCAGGCAUUUUGUAACAUGACAGAUGUUCCGUGGACAGUGCUGCAGCACAACGGCUCGGCCUUAACCAGGGUCAAGGGCGCGAGCCUGGAGAACCCGCACCGGGCAAUGUUCCAGUACACGGCCAGUGCAGAGCAGCUGCUGGCCAGCGUAGACCGCGCCAGGCACUGCCAACAGGAGCUGGAGCUCCACUGUCGGAGGUCUCGGCUGCAGGACCCUCGAGAUGGAACGGCGCUGAGCUGGUGGGCUGGAAGAGCCAACGAGACCCACACUUACUGGGGAGGAUCUUUUCCCGGCGCCCACCAGUGUGCCUGUGGGUUAGAGAGGGACUGCCUGGAUCCUCAGUACGGCUGUAACUGUGACGCCGACCGGGACGAAUGGACGAGCGACGUGGGCGUGCUUUCCCACCGCGAGCACCUGCCAGUCACACAGAUCGUCAUCACCGACGCGGACCGCCCGGGCUCGGAGGCAGCUUACAAGCUGGGACCACUGCAGUGCCAGGGAGACGGGUCCUUCUGGAACUCGGCGUCUUUCCACACGGAGGCCUCCUACCUGCACUUCCCCACCUUCCAUGGAGAGCUCAGCGCCGACGUGUCAUUCUUUUUCAAGACGACGGCUUCCUCUGGGGUGUUUCUGGAAAACUUGGGGAUCACGGACUUCAUCAGCCUGGAGCUGCGCUCCCCCGCAGAAGUGGCCUUUUCGUUCGACGUGGGAAACGGGCCCUGCGAGCUCACGGUGCAGUCGCCCACUCCCCUCAGUGACAACCGGUGGCACCUGGUCCGAGCCGAGAGGAACGUGAAGGAGGCAUUGCUGCAGGUGGACCUGCUGCCCCCCAGCACCCGCCAGGCCCCCGAGGAUGGACACAGGCUCUUGCAGCUCAACAGCCAGCUCUUCGUGGGUGGCACGGCCGCGAGGCAGAGAGGCUUCCUGGGCUGCAUUCGGGCACUGCAGGUGAACGGGAGGACCCUGGACCUGGAGGGAAGGGCCAAGGUCACGCCUGGUGUGGAGCCUGGGUGCCCCGGGCACUGCAGCACCUACGGACACUUCUGUCUCCAUGGGGGGCAGUGCCGCGAGAGGCACCAGGGCUUCUCCUGUGACUGUGAGCUGUCUGCAUACACGGGGCCCUUCUGCUCUAGUGAGAUUUCUGCAUAUUUUGGAACUGGCUCCUCGGUGACUUACAAUUUUCAGGAAUAUCAUUCCCCAAGUACGAAUGCCAGCUCCCACGCUGCCUCAUUCCAGGGAGAGACGACGUUGACCCAAGAGACAAUCGCGUUCAGCUUCCGAACAGUGCAAGCCCCGAGCCUGCUGCUUUAUGUGGACUCUUUCUACAAGGAGUACCUUUCUGUCAUCCUUGCCAAAAACGGGAGUUUGCAGAUCAGGUACAAGCUGGACACACAUCAAGACCCUGAUGUCAUUAACUUGAAUUUCAGGAACAUGGCAGAUGGGAAACUUUACCACGUGAACAUCAGCAGAGAAGAACAUCUGGUGUUUGUUUCUCCCGGGCAGGUGAACCAGAAAACUUGGAGACAAGUGAGUCUGUCAUCGGGUACAGCAUUCAGAGCCAUCAAAUCCCUGGUGCUGGGCAGGAUUUUAGGGCUGGUCACCAAUGCACGGGGCUGGCCACCAACGCACGGGGCUGGCCACCAACGCACGGGGCUGGCCACCAAUGCACAGGGCUGGCCACCAAUACACAGGGCUGGUCACCAAUACACAGGGCUGGCCACCAGUGCACGGGGCUGGCCACCAAUGCACGGGCUGGUCACCAAUACACAGGGCUGGCCACCAAUACACAGGGCUGGCCACCAAUGCACAGGGCUGGUCACCAAUGCACGGGCUGGCCACCAAUGCACGGGGCUGGUCACCAAUGCACGAGCUGGUCACCAAUGCACGGGCUGGUCACCAAUACACAGGGCUGGCCACCAAUACACAGGGCUGGCCACCAAUGCACAGGGCUGGUCACCAAUGCACAGGCUGGCCACCAAUGCACGGGGCUGGUCACCAAUGCACGGGCUGGUCACCAAUGCACGGGCUGGUCACCAAUACACAGGGCUGGCCACCAAUGCACGGGCUGGUCACCAAUACACAGGGCUGGUCACCAAUACACAGGGCUGGCCACCAAUACACAGGGCUGGUCACCAAUGCACGGGCUGGCCACCAAUGCACGGGGCUGGCCACCAAUACACGGGGCUGGCCACCAAUGCACGGGGCUGGCCACCAAUGCACGGGUCUGGUCACCAAUGCACGGGGCUGGUCACCAAUACAAGGGGCUGGCCACCAAUGCACGGGCUGGCCACCAAUACACAGGGCUGGCCACCAAUGCACGGGGCUGGUCACCAAUGCACGGGGCUGGUCACCAAUACAAGGGGCUGGCCGCCAGUGCACGGGCUGGUCGCCAAUGCAUGA